CUCGAGAGGAAUAUAUGAAUUUCUGAAAACGAUUCUUAUUGGAUAUCAAGUGAAUUGAUGGCGAGAACUGGAUUGCUGACUAAAACUUCCGUCAUCAAAGUGAAGUGUAUUGGCAUCGUUGUCCAUUUCCACUAUGAUGUCACUGAUCGAUUUCACUCUACUGUAUUCGUCCUCCCCUGUGAAUACCGUGUCGUCGUCGUAUUCUUUGUUGAUCGUGGUAUGAGUGCAGUCGUCCAUUCUCGAGGUCGAUCGAGGAGAAGAUGGAAGCGAAGAAGAUGAUGGCAUUUUUGUCAGGAUAGUAGGUUUGUUCUCGAUUGGGGAGGAGUAAGAUGGAGGGGGCUUUAAAGAAUUCUUUGACAAACGAUAUUCAGAUGGCGGUGGAGGCUUUUUUGAUGAUAAGGGAAAUUGCAUCGAAUUGUAGGAAAUAUCUUCGAAAUGCUCUCCUUCGGAGGUGCUUCCUACAGAUUCCAUCUGACUGUUAACACUGUUUUGCCCAUGGGAGCUAGAUAAGUAUCUUCGUUCACGUCUUUUUUGUUGUUGCUUAGGAGAAUAUUUGUGGUGGCGUUUUUCGUCUCCAUCGUCAUCAUGGAUCAGUUUUCUCCCUUUCAAAGAAUGAUGAUAUGACUUGAAGGAGCUUGCGGAAGUUAUUGACUUCCCUCGCUCCGGAUAUCUUCCUUUCUCCUGAAAACUGCCGUUCGCUACUUGGUCAACUUCCUUUUCAGAACCCAAGUUCGACACAUAUGUACCCUUGAUGAGUCUGCUAUCGUUCGGAAGGCCGUCAGCUACCACAGUAGCUUCUGGAAGUGACCAGUGGCUAUCUCCUGAUUCCGCAUACCCUGUUUGAGCAAUUGAUGAUAGCAGCCAACGGAAGGUGUCGGUGAAAAGGACAGGCACUUGCCGGAUAUUUGCAACAACGCCAAUAUCAUCUCUUUCGUUUCCAUCAUCAUACUGUUGAGAUCCGUCUCCUGAAUUGAUUGUCAAAUCACCUCUUCCUUCGAGACGUUGUGCAACGUUUGUCUCGUCGCGGAGAUACUGGAAAGUUCCCUUGGAGACAAAGCUACUAAGGAACGAUAGCAUAACGGCCCCUGCUACCAAGAAGAAAGAAGUCAUUUCAAUAUGAGAUGUUACGCUGAAGCACUGUGCAUCUUCUUCCUUUAGAACGCCGAAGUAAACCAUCUGUGCGAAUGUAUCUUCCAGAUUCUUGCAAUAUUCGUUGAUCAUAAAGUCCGAAACUGAGCCGAGUUGCCUGUCAAGGAAAUGAGAACAACAUGAGUAUUACAGCUGAGAAAAACAAUUCAUGAAUUUACUCGAGUUCCAAUACAGGGAAAAUAGAAUCUUACCAGCUUGAAACGAAUAGAGCAACGAGAUAAACUUCAAGGUAUUGCCAGGCUUGUAGAAUUUCGAUACGAACAGAGAUUUUUCUUUUUUCAGUAAUCGUGGUGCUGGAGAACCACUGGCGUAGAAGCGUGAUCGAUUGAAUAAUUGGAAUGAAUAAAAUCGUUGAGACGAAAAGGAUGGAGAGAACUAUAAGCCCAAGAUAAUCUCUGAGUGUACCCAAGUAACUUGCUUGAUCAAAAAGCAGUUUGAUGACCGAAAACGCACUGUGAUACACAGUCGCUUCUUCGAAGUCCUGUCCGAAUUCCACAGCAACUCCAACAAUGCCUAACAAUUCAAGGGAAAAUGACGGUAGAAUGCAACCAAGAGCGAUGCAAAUCACGAGGGAACAGCCACAAAGAGGAAGUAUCAUGUUUACAUAACGUCGAACAACAAGUUUCUCGUUUUCGCCGCGAUGAGGGCGACUGAACUGGUAUGAACUGAGAGACAUUUUGUUCUCAGUAGCGGCCUUGGGAGUCGGAACACUAGAACUUUCUUCAAUGAAAAUUUCGUCGAGGGCUUCGGCAGAGUGGGAUCGCUCUUGCCCGGCAUUCAGUGAAUGCAACUGCAUCUUGUUUUGAAGGUCUUCCUGUUCAUGGGGCUGAGACUGGGCUCUGGCAUCCAACGACGCUGGAACCACAACGUCCGGAAGAUGGUUUUCAUUCAGUCGACUUGUUCCUCUGGUCACAAUCUGACGAUGAUAAUGAAUGAUGAUGUGGGAAGUUACUUGAGAUAACAAUUGAGCGAUCAUGUUCGCAUACAGACCCCAGAGAGGAAUGACCAUCAUUUCAAUCGCGUAGAAGUCACUUGGUAAAUAUGCAGCGUUUGGGCUCUCGAUAGAAAUGCGAAAGGCAGCGAUACUAAUUACCAAGACAAAAAUGUCAAUCAUGGACCACUUCGCCAACCAAUCCAACCAUGUCAAAAUUGAGCCUCGCCGAGAGAUGGAUACCUUCGACGGAUGGGAAAACCAAAGCCAGAGAGUCAUCAAUAGUUUGGUGUACGGCCAAAUUCCAGAGAAGAGUAGAAUGAGAAUCGCGAGCUCCCAACCACCGGCUUUCCAAAUGUCGAUCGUUGAGCGCGCCAUAGAAAAUUCGAAAAAAUUCUCGAUGGUAAAGGUUUCUCCGGCAACCUCGGCCUCGAUAUUGACCGUAGCUCCCAGACUCAAAUGACCAGAGAGAAAGAAUGCUACAUUGGAGAUGAUCACAACCGGCACCACGAAGCGUACGAUGCAUGGAAUGUCUCUGCUCAGGAACAUCGAACUUGUGGUGCGGUUUAAUUUCUCCUCUAAAUCCAUUUCGGACUUCUGUUGUUGCGCCAGUUUCUUCAUCUGAUGCGGGGGGAGUUUGAACAGCCAUUUGCUAUGACGGCGCUGUACAAUGCACCGAACAAGAAUGAUGAUCAUUAGGAAGACAAUGACAGCUGCUAGAGCUAGUGCGCCAAGGAGAAUGAGGUACCCCAUAGAAUAGCUUGUAUCAGGAGCCUCGAACGCUUCGUACACAAGAGGUAUCGCAUUGGGAUCAUAGGACGGGCUGUGAGGACACUUCCGUGCAGCAUCGUUGAGAAUUCGGUCCAUUUGAACCUGGAGGAAAUUUCCUCCCAUCAACUGCGUCACAUACUCGAGAAGGGCAUUCGCAACAUCCGUUGUUUCGUUUCUUGCGUCUGGGGAAGAAAUCAGAUCGACAAACUCCACCAUUCUUGGACUGGAGCAAUUCGCGCACUUGGCCGACACAGCAAGCGCUCCAACGCUGGACGACAAGUCGGACAACGAAACCGUCACUUCGGAGUCAUGCACUCGAACUCCGCGGGGGUCCAAUUCUGGUGCCGGAAUGGUCGCAAGCCAGCAAUUUAGAUCGAAAACGUCUCGGAGAGGGAAGCCAAACAACCUGUUUUCCGCAAUCUUUGUCAUGGUCGAAACGAUGAUAUUUGCAUCGGUCAACUCGAGGUUCAAAUCGAUCUCGUUGCGAAUCUCGAUAUCGUCUAA